AUGCAAGGAUUGUUUGUAAUGGUGUCAAUCAGUCCAGAGGUAGCCUCCAAGAAAUUUAGUAGAGAGAUACUGGAUAAGCUUCUACGUGAUAAUGAAGACGAGCCAAUUUUCGAGGGCAAGAUUCCGGCGUAUGAUGGUAAGAAGAGCCUCUAUAUUGCAGGUGCUUCAUCAGUCACAUCACAGGACUUUGUCGUUGGAAUGCAAAAACAAAGAAGAGGCAGUUCUGAGAGUGAGGUUCAGAAAUUCCAGGUUACUAUCAAACUGGCUAAGGAGGUUGAUAAACAUUUUCUGCAAGAGUACCUUGCUGGUCAAUCCUCAGUUCCUCCCCAAGAUGCCAUCCAAGUGCUUGAUGUUGUUCUUCGUGCAACAAAGCCUACAGACUAUGUGUUGAUUGGGAGAUCAUUCUUUUCGAAAUCACUGGGCAAGGAUUCUCUUGGGGAAGGUUUAGAUUACUGGAGGGGGUAUUAUCAAAGCAUUAGGCCAACCCAGAUGGGCCUAUCUCUAAACAUUGAUGCAUCUGCACGGCCCUUUUAUGAACCAAUAAUGGUUGAUAAAUUUGUGGCUAAACAUUUGAAUCUGAAAGAGCGAGAUUUCUCUGGGCCCUUUUCUGAUGCAAAUCGUAACAAGGUCAGGAGAGCACUCAAAGGUAUCAUAGUGGAAACAAAUCAUUUACGAUCUAAGAAAUGCUACAAAGUGCAAAUUGUCUCAUCUGUACAUGGUUUCUUAUGUUUGAAGCUAUUGUAUCUGAUGUUCGAUCUUAGCAGUAAUGAGACCAAGACUGUCGCAGAGUACUUCAAAGACCAGCACAAUAUACAGCUUACACAUCCAGCUUUACCAUGCAUCCAAAUUGGGUCGGCUAAGAGGCAUAUCUAUCUGCCCAUGGAGGUCUGCAAAAUUGCUCAUGGUCAAAAAUACCCUAAAAAGUUGAACGAGAGCCAGGUGAAUGGUCUUCUUCAGGCAACCUGCCAAAAACCUCUUGAAAGAGAGAGUAAAAUUAUCGAGAUGGUGAAAGAAAAUCGCUACUCUGAAGAUCAGAUGGUCAAGCAGUUUGGAAUGAAAAUGACUGAAGAGCCUGUAACUGUUGAUGCCCGAGUAUUGCCUCCACCAAAGCUCAAGUAUGGAGCUGAACAAGAAGUUGCUCCAGGGGAGGGCCAGUGGAACAUGUUUGAAAAAAAAAUGUAUAUUGGUGCUACUGUGUCAAACUGGACUUGCCUGAAUUUUGCAAGACGAGUUGAAGAUUCAGUGCCAAAGUUUUGCAAGGACCUGGUUGACAUGUGCUCUAGCAUGGGAAUGAACUUCACCCCGAACCCUGUUCCUCGUAUACGCACUGUUGAUCAUGCUCAGAUUGAGAAAGCUCUUUCAGAAGAGGGAGAUUAUUCAGCUAAGGUGCAGACCGUGCAGUUGCUAAUUAUUAUUUUGCCAGAUGUUGCUGGGUACUAUGGGAAAAUUAAAAGAAUAUGUGAAACUGAGCUCGGUAUAGUUUCUCAAUGUUGUAAGCCUAAGAAAGAUAAAUUUCCUAACAAGUCGUAUCUUGCAAAUUUGGCUUUGAAAAUCAAUGUGAAGGCUGGAGGAAGCAACACAGUCUUGUGUGAUGCGAUACAGAGAAAUAUUCCCCUCUUGACUGAUUGUCCAACGAUAAUUUUUGGUGCUGAUAUCACACAUGCUCAACCAGGGGAGGAUUCUAGUGCCUCAAUUGCAGCUGUUGUUGCCUCAAUGGACUGGCCUGGGGUGACCAAGUACAGAGGGGUUGUUCGUGCCCAGGGUCAUCGGGAGGAAAUUAUUCAGGAUCUGUAUGCAUGUGUUAGAGAACUUCUGGAAGCGUUUUUGGAGGCAAAUAAUAAGAAGAAACCUGAGAGAAUUAUCUUCUUUAGAGAUGGAGUAAGUGAAGGCCAGUUUGCUCAGGUUUUGCAGUAUGAGGUUAAUGUGAUACAGCAGGCCUGCAAAUCCAUAGAAGCGAACUAUCAACCACGUGUGACAUUUGUGGUUGUGCAAAAAAGACACCACACCCGGCUUUUCUCCAAAGAUAACAAAAUGGUUGAUAAUAAGAGCGGCAAUAUUCGGCCAGGAACUGUGGUCGACAGCAAAAUUUGCCAUCCAUCAGAGUUUGACUUCUAUCUAUGCAGUCAUGCAGGGAUAAAGGCAAGUCAUUUUGGUUGGCUUCAGUCUGGAACAAGCCGACCCACACACUAUCAUGUGCUCUACGACGACAACUAUUUUACUGCAGAUUUUCUCCAGCUGCUGACCUAUAGCUUGUGUUACACGUUUGCUAGGUGCACACGCUCAGUAUCUGUAGUUCCCCCAGCUUAUUAUGCACACCUUUUGGCUUUCCGUGCUCGGUUUUAUGUUGAAGGUAUGACCAUGUCUGAUAGUGAAUCAACAAGUGCCAAAGAUCUGACCAAGGACAAAAAACCAGAGGUUCAGCCACUUCCAGAGAUCAAGGAAAAUGUGAGGAAUGUCAUGUUCUAUUGCUAGGAGGAAUUGCAGCAUUCUCUACCUGUUACUAGUUUUUGCAGUUUUCGCUUAUUUUCUGGAGCUAUGAAGUUCGAGUUAUGUGGGUGGAAAAUGUGCCCAGGAGUUUUAAUGUAAGGUACACUUUUGAAAACACUGAAGUUUGGUCUAGUUUCAAGUUUUACACUGUUAAAGUUUUUGUUAAGAAUGUGAAGACUAAUGUUUUGAAGUGUCAAUAUUUGGUCAAGACUUUAUUAGUU